AUGCCGACCGCCAUUGUGGCGCCAGCAGAUGAACACGCCGACGAGGAGGUCCUCCGAGAGGCGUUGGAGGGCGAUGCGCUGCGACCGACGGGCGGCGCUCCCGCCUCCAACGACGACACCCUCCUGCCGCAGACGACGUGCAAGCUGGUGAUGACGCCCGCUCACGACGCCCUCUCGAGGAGUCGCUUCGCGCUGUAUCGGCUGCUCAUGACGCCCCCUCAAGGCGUCGUAUCUCCGAAGGCCUACUUUGCCGCGAGCAACGAGCUCGUGGUGCUGACGCUAAUCGUGUGCUGGAUUGUCACGGUCUGUUACGACCGGUCCCAGGUGUGGGACCACCCGGCGCGGGUCUACGUGGGGCACUUCAACCCGUGCUUUGGGUGGGACUACGCGCCGGCGUCGUACAUCGCCGUCUUUGCGAUGUCGUACGACGUGCACCUCGCGUGGACCUACGCGAGCCUCGAGGCGAUGCGCACCAAGCUGCGCGACGACGACGGCAAGACGAGCAAAGCCGAGCGCUUCUCGCUGGUGACGACGUACCUGCACGGGCUCGCGAGCAUGGGGUGGAUGCUCCUGUGGCUCGUUGGCCCGCCCGACGGCCAGUGGGCCGCGCACCUCGCCAUCUUCUCCACCGCCGUCGCCUUCCGCUACCUCUGCCAGCUGGGCAACUACGUCGAGUGCCGCUGGGGCAAGGCGUGGGAGAGCGGCCACGUGAAGCGCUCGCACACGGUCUACAUCGUGAGCUACGGCCUGGUGACGCUCUGCCUUCCCAUCCUCUACUUUAUCGACGUCAUCAUGUACGAGGCGCAGGGGCGCACCGGCGUCGACCCGCCCAUACCGCUCGCGAUCAUCCAGACGCUGGACGUGGUGUGGAUGGUGCUCGUCGCGCUGAGCACGCGCUUCUCGGUCCCCGAGCCGCCCGUCGUCGUCAAGUGGAGCGUCCUCGAGUUCGACGACGUCGUCGACGCCGACGACUUCACGCCGGCGCAGAUCGCGCAGCUGAGGAAGCUCGGGUUCGAGGCCAUCGACAAUCGCGCCACCCUCGACGCUGACGACCAUUGCCUCUCGUUCCUGCUGGCGCGGCUCGAUGAGCCCGAGGAUGAUGGCUGGCGCAGAGAAAUCAUCACCGCCCUCCUGGCCCUCGCAACCUCCUCGUCUGCGUGCGCUGAGCAGUGGCACCGGGUCGGCGGCGUUGCGGCGCUGCAAGCGCUCGCUCGAGAGACGGCGGAGGAGCGGGUGGAGAGACAGGCGGAGAGGUGCGACGAGGCGCAGCGGUCAGCCUUGGCGUGA